UUUUGAUUAUUCCCAUCACCAGCAACAAGCUACUUUAUAAACAGUAAACACUCCGCUGUAAAUAAACUCUAUAGUAUUCUUGUACAUGAAUAAACUUGUUAAACGUUUACAGUUUACAUGGGUUAUCAUCGUUAAUAUAUGCUAUUACAUAGUAAACAUGGAUACUCAAAAAACAUUGGAUACUUUCAUUAAAAGUAGAAAAAGGCCAACCAACGAAGAUGGUUUGCAUAAAAAGGAACUAUUAAACAAUACCAUUGGAAUAAAUAAACCAACUAGAAAAUUGUCAUUUGAUUGUACUGAGCAGCAAACGGUUAAAAAACAAAAGGUUGAUUCUGGUAUAAUAAAAAUAAUUGGUCAAGAUAAUCUAAAUGCUUCUGUUAAUAAUUUGGUCACUGAAAACGUUUUGGAGAAAAAAGAGACGGAAAAUAAGAAUGAAGUUCAUUCUGAAAGAGCAACAACUCCAGAACAAUCACCGUCAACUAAGGCUAAAUUACGUAAAGAAUUGGAUUUGGGUGAAUUUCGUAAAAUUGUUCGUCGUAAACACAACCUUAAGAAAUUGCAAGAAAAAUUAAGCUCAGUAGAACAAUCACAAGUUGAACUAAAGUCUGCUGAAUCUAAAGUCGAAGCUGCUAAAACUCAUUACUUAUCUUCAUUUAAAUCAGUUGAUCUCUUGGUUGAUACUAGCCCAGUAAAAGUCGGAUCAAGUCCUAUAAAACGUUCUCAACUCAAACCUACUGCUUUAUUUCUCACCCCAGCACAGUCAAUGCUUAGUCCAAGGAAAGUUAUGAUGACCACUCAAAUAACACAGCCCAAAGAAUAUGUUUCGCCUAGAAAGUUAUUAGAUGAAGUUGGAUCUCUUUUAGCUAUGUCACCAUCAAAACGCUAUUCUGCACUAGUUGAUUCUAAAACAUUGCCUUUGCCUUUGAAAUACCGUGUUUUAGACGAAUUAUUCAAAGCUUUAGAAACUGUAUCGUCUAUGAUGUUUACUAGAAAAGAAAAAAUAACAUUUAAUAAACUCAAACGUGGUAUUCAGCAAAUGACUAGAAAAAAUUUUACUGAAUUACACUUGGCACAAAUCAAAACUGUAGUACCAGAUUUUUUUAAAUAUGCAUUAGUAAAAUCACCAAAAGAAAAAUCUAGUUAUGAAUUAGUGAUAACUCCAAAUUAUGGCUCAGUAAAUGAAGAUAACAUUGACUUAAUUGAACAAACUACUCAGAGAAAAAAAACAUUUUCUAAUGCAUUACUUGACAUUUUGAAGGAGCAUCAUAAAGAAUAUUUGAGUAAGCUUAUUCCACCUAUUGUGAUUGACAAAGAUAAAAUAACCAGAUGGCAUCCUGAAUUUGAUGUAGAAACAGUAGAAGAUAUCAUUCCUUCAACGUUACCCAAAAUUGAAAUUAACAAACCAAAAAUAGUAACUGCAAAAGAUUUAUUGGAUAAAUCUCAUGCAUUGUUUGUUUACAAUAAUCGCUUAAACAGGACUCUUACAACAAUGAAUAAUGGAAAUAAAAAUUUAACUGAAAAAAAAUUUCCUACAACAGACGCAAAAAAUGCUUUAAAAGGAGCACUUAAAGGGAUUCCCAAUUCAUUUUUACUAAAGAUUCAGGAAAAGCAAGCAGAAAAAGCUAAAGAAUUGAUGACACGGUCGGUUGGUCAAUUAGAUGAAGAUAGAAUGAUGAAUAGAUUACCAGAUAUUGCAAGAAGGAUUCGUACCUAUUUUGUACAACUUCAAAGAAAUGUUAUGCCAUUCAAAAAAGUCAUUGGUCAGUUAAAGCAGAGUUAUCCUGAAGCUAUGACAGACCAGGAAUGGAAAGCGCAUUUAAAUCUUCUCCAAGAAAAAGUACCUCAUUGGAUUGUAUUAAAAAGCUUGGAUGGAAUUGAACACAUUCGAAUUGAUAAGAAAGUUGAAUUUGAAGAAACUGUAAUUAAAAUAUUAACAAAAUAAUAUUGUUUUAACAGACAUUAAUUUGUCUAAAAUUUGCUUUAGUUUUAUUUAUUUACAUUAUAUACUUUUAUUUCCAGCCAUUUAUUUUGAAAAAAAUUUUUUUUUUUUAUCAUGUAACCACCUGU